AUGAUUUCUAUUCGGGAUCUACGCACUGAGAUCGAAUGGACCGAAUAUUGCCGGAUGCCACAAGUUCGCACGAAUGAAACCCCUGGUGAGUGGAAAGAACGGAUCUGGGAACGUUUAAUGUAUUUUAGAGAAAAUGGUCUGUUGCCAAGUCAGAGUAAAAAAUAUAUUGAAGCUAGGAAAUUAAUACGAUUUCCGGAUGGCAGUUCAUAUGCUCCUGCAAUCGGAAUAGCAAUAUGUUUCUCUUGUGACCGAUUAGUAUACACCGGACAAAGAAAAAAGAAUAUAGGAAAUUAUAAUCAUAUAGGGAUGGAGAAACAUUGGAAAAUUUCAUGCACUGGUAAUAAAUAUUGCAAACUUAAGUAUGAAGACUAUUUAAAAAUUAAACAUAAACCCUCAUCUGACCGUACAUUUAAUGACACGCGUGCCUUGCACUAUUAUGAACUAUGGAUGUCAAACGCUAUUAGCAAACUUAAACGGGCAAGGGAAGUCGGGAAAAAGAUGCGAGCAUGUAUCCUUAUUCAACGUAAAUGGAUAGAAUUCAUGUAUCAUCCCAAUAGUUUAAUUGUAAAGCAGUUGGCUGAGCAUUACACACUGUUAUGGAGCGUUCGCGAAGACAUACGUCACCAACGAUCUCAAAUUCUCUUGCUUGGCCGUAUGGCUGAGUAA